AGAAAGAUCAAUUUCACUCAUUAAAUUACUGUAGCAUCAAAAUUCAUCAUUUAUUUUAGACACCAAAAUGGACAAAAGUGAUAAACAAUACGUUUGCAAUAUUUGCCAGGAGGUAUUUACACUAGAAUCAAGCAUGAUGACGCACCGAGACGCGAUUCACAAUCAAGAAAAAAAUUUUGCAUGCGACAAGUGCGAAAAGAAAUUUCAGUUCCGAAGUCAUUUGAGCAGACACCAAAAGCUCUCCAAGUCUAUAAGCCUUCUUCCUUAA